AUGAGAUAUUUUACUUUCUUUUGGUGUCUUCUUCACUAGCAUCCCUCGGUGGAAAUUUGGAUGGUAAAAAUUGCUUGCUUCUAGGUUCCAAAAGUUCAGCCAAUGGUUUCACAGAACAAUCAGCAGUCAAUACAACCGAAUAUUCAGCCUGCUCCAUUAUUGCCUGGCCUUAGGGGUGCACGAGAUCAAGCAGGAGUAUCUCAAACCCAGCUUCCUCCGAGGAAACACCAGAACCAACCUUCAGUGCCAUGAAUUCUGAUGAGGGAGCAAUUAGGCCCUAUGGCACCUGCAUUAUUGGUUGGGAAUAUGCCUUUAGGGCCUGAAUUUGGCAAUCAAGCUGGAAAUGCUACACAAGUAGACAGAGGGUCUUCUUUGAUGCCCAGUCCCUCAGAUAACCUAGCUCAUCUUUCUGGUCCUCCUGGAUACGUAGUUUCUGCUCAGAUGGGUGCUGCUAAUCAGCCUCUUCGGCCUCCUGUGUUGACACCAGAUAUGGAGAAGGCACUGCUUCAACAGGUCACGAGCCUCACCCUGGGGCAGAUAAAUCUCCUAUCACCAGAACAAAGAAAUCAAGUGCUGCAGCUACAACAACUGUUGCAUCAAUGAUGCAAUACACACACACCAUAAAGUUAGGCAAUCUUUAAUCCUUCCAGUUUGGCAGAGAUUGUUGUGUCAUAUAUAUAUAUAUAUAUAUAUAUAUAUAUAUAUAUAUUAUGUCCAAACUAUUGGCUGCCAAGUUUUGUAGAAUUAAUUCAAAUUCAUGUAACAAAUUGUAGACAAUAGCAUUAUUUUCUUCUGGAAUUUGGCUCUUUAAAUAUCAGCCUUUAGUUGGUGGAGCUAUUUGCAAAACUUCUCCCCAUAUUCCAUAUUUUAUUAUUAAUCGGUUAUCCAUAUCUAUGUAUCUGUAUAUACUAUGACAUGAUGGAAGGAUUCUUAUUUUUCCUGGU